AUGGCCGACGGCAGCAGCAACUCAUCGGCGUCGUCGGUGGCCACGGGUGAAGAGGCUUUCGUUGAGAAGAAGUAUGGUGGAAUGGUGCCUAAGAAGCCUCUGAUUUCAAAGGAUCAGGAGCGCGCCUAUUUCGAUUCUGCGGACUGGGUCCUUGGCAAGCAAGCUGCAAACAGCGGCAACGCACGGGCUGCUACUGCUAUCGAAUCCUUGAAGCCAAAGCUAAAGGGCCAGGGCUUACAAUACUUCCCUAGCUCUCUGACUGGGAGAGAUGAUGAAGAGAUGGAGUCGCUGGGAUUACUAGCUAUUUAG